AGUUGCGAGCGCGCCUCUCCGCCCGGGGGAAAGUUUCCCCCGCGGCCGCCGACGCGAGUUGGCACGGGGUCCGGCCGCUGCGGCUGGAAGAGUUUAUCCUGAAGCCACUAUCGGAAAGAGACCUCAGGAGAAUCUUGACACUCCAGACAGAAGACACCAGUUGAAAAAGGACAAGCUGGGCCAAUAAGGGAGACUGACCAGGAGACGCUGUCCUGCUGACAUCGGAAGAACUGUCCAGGUGACAAGUCGGGGGAUCACCAUGGAAGGCGACUGUCUGAGCUGCAUGAAGUAUCUGAUGUUUGUGUUCAAUUUCUUCAUAUUUCUGGGCGGGGCCUGCUUGCUGGGCAUCGGCAUCUGGGUCAUGGUGGACCCCACCGGCUUCCGGGAGAUCGUGGCUGCCAACCCCCUGCUCAUCACGGGCGCCUACAUCCUCCUGGCCAUGGGGGGCCUGCUUUUUCUGCUCGGCUUCCUGGGCUGCUGCGGGGCCGUCCGAGAGAACAAGUGUCUGCUGCUGUUUUUCUUCUUGUUCAUCCUGAUCAUCUUCUUGGCAGAGCUCUCAGCAGCCAUCCUGGCCUUCAUCUUCAGGGGGAAUCUCACCCGUGAAUUCUUCACCAAGGAGCUCACCAAGCACUACCAGGGCAACAACGACACGGACGUCUUCUCCGCCACCUGGAACUCUGUCAUGAUCACGUUUGGUUGCUGUGGGGUCAAUGGGCCCGAAGACUUUAAGUAUGCAUCAGUUUUCCGACUCCUGACUUUGGACAGUGAUGAGGUGCCGGAGGCCUGCUGCCGGAGAGAACCCCAGAGUCGGGACGGGGUCCUGCUGAGCAGAGAGGAAUGCCUCCUGGGAAGGGACCUGUUCCUGAACAAGCAGGGCUGUUACACGGUGAUUCUCAAUGCCUUCGAGACUUACGUCUACCUGGCCGGAGCCCUGGCGAUAGGGGUGCUGGCCAUCGAGCUAUUUGCCAUGAUCUUUGCCAUGUGCCUCUUCCGGGGCAUCCAGUAGAUGGUGUGGCCUGAAGCUUGAAGACACACCCCGCCCACCACUGCCCAGCACCCAACGCCAUCCCCUCCCCCGCACCCCUGCCCUCUUGGCCCCGGGGGAGGAGGUGAGGCCAUCAUGAGUGGCCAGGAAAAGGGGCAGAGGAAAAUAGCUAUUUUUUUAACAAAACAAAAUGAAGACAAAACUAUGGACUGAUACAGCCCGUCUGGACUCAGAGUGGGCACCGCAGGUUCUCUGCAUGGACCCGCACACACCCAGGAGGCAGUCUGCACUGGAGACCAAAGCGACGGCAGGGCCAGGCCCCCUCCUCGGCCCAACCAGAUCCGGCAGCCUGGGACCUGGGCUUCAGGACUGGGUGCCAAGAACAUUGAGGGUGUCGGCAAGAAGGAAGCAAAAGGAGAUGGUGGAGGAAGGCUGGCGGAGCCCAGGGGCCCCCAGGAGACCUGGUCACCACGUCCUCGAGGACUUGAAACCUCCUCGGAAUCCCUGGUCCCCCGAAGAUGGAGUUGUCCUGCCUCAGGCUGGGGCCAACAUUAGGAUCCAGACACUGGACUGAAGAAUGUCCCGGCUGGUCGGGUCCACGAUUCCCCAUCUGUCGGACCAAAUAAUCUGGAAAGUCCAGAGAGGGGCAGUUUCUCAUCCACAGUCACACAGCACACGCAUGGCCGUUCCGAACAAGAGCCCCGUCUCCCCGAGGCUGCCUGUCGCCCCUCCCAAGCGUCUGCUGGUCCCAGCGGAUCUGCUCUCCCAGCUCCCUGGCCUCCGCAUCCUGGUUUCCCCAGGAGAGGGCACGCUGCUCAGGAGUUGCCUCCUCCCAGCUCCACAGCUAAGAACGUUCUGGACUCUACCCUCCCUGCUCUCCACACCCCCACCUCCCCACUCUUCUCGAAGUCCCAGGCACACGCACACACACAUGCACACACGCACCACAGCCCCUUUUCCACACUGCCCACCUUUCCCCACAAGGCCCUCCCUGGGCUCCACCAACUUCCUGGCUCCGAGGGCUGAAAGGAACCCCCAGGAUCAUCUGGCUCGCCUCUCCUCACUCAGAGUUGCCACUUGGAUGCCUUCCACAAGACCCCUGCCAAGACUUCUCCAUCUUCUUCUUGCAGACCUCCAAGGACAGGGAGCUCACUACCUCCCAAGACAGGCUUCUUUUUGGACUGCUCUGACUUUAGCAUCAGCUCAAUACACGCAAGAGGUUUCUGUUUUUCUGUGGUUUUGUCCACGUCAUGCCACUUGCUCUCUCCUCCUGUCCCAAAGUGUGAAGGCCACACAUGGUCCCCCCCGAGCCCCUUUACCCUCAGGCUGAAGAACCCCAGGCCACCUCGUCAGUUUUGCUCUGACACAGUUUUCCGGUCCUUUCACCAUCUGUAGCACACACUUCUGAGUGUUUCCUCAAGGAUCUGGCAGGGGGAGGUUUCCUCACAGACUCACCCACACCUACACAGCACCCACAGAUCAGCCCCUUAUAUAUGCAGGUCUCAAAUUCUAGAGCAGUGUUGACAACUGCAUUGCAAGAUGUCUCGACCCUGACCAGUCAGGAGUGGCAGCUGUGCAGAGGAUCUGAGCUCUGGUCUGGGCUCAGUGGGCAAGGACAGCGUGAUCUUGAUAAGUGAUGUCUGCCAAGCAACUCGGGCUGGAUUGGUGAUGUCUGCCACAGGCAUGGGCGUGGAAGGGGCGGUAUGUUGCCUUGCUCUCCUCCUAUCAUUGUCCCUCCUUGGGGUCUGGGAAGGACCCUUUCUCACAGGCCCUAUGCCAGCUUCCAGCCUCCCCUCCAGCCUUCCAGCCUCCAGGAGACAGAGCAGCGGCCUAGAGUUCAUGCCCCCCUGCUCUGCCACCUGAUACCACCAGAGCUCGGUGCCUGCUGUAAAGACUUGGUUUGACCCUCCUCUUAUUGCCACCUUCCCGCCUUGCACCCUCCCCGCCGUCCUCUCUGGUCUGAAUCUUUCCAUAGUACUCCUGUACCUGGCUGCUCUGGCACCUCCAUAAAUGAUGUUAUAAACUCCCUAGAGACCCGGCAUCCCCAGGACCCCGGAGGCCAUGCAGCCAGCACCCCGGCCAGGUCUCUAGACCCACUUGGCUCCAACUUCCUGGCAGAGGCAAAGGGCUGGUAUGAGGUGGACAAAAAAAAAAAGGCUGGGGUUAGAGUCAGUUUGGGCAACUAUGUGGCUUCAGUUUAGGGGUGCCCUAGGCAUCAUGGCCCCAUCCAGUCCCCCCUGCCCAGGAGAAUUUGGGGCCUUCAAGGUAAGAAGAACCAGGCAUCAGGAACCACCCCCCACCCCCAGGUCCCUGAGAUAAAAGGCUGGUCAUGGAGGAACACCUGGGGGAGAAGAUGGGUUUGAGGGUGGAUGUGAGAGUCUCUCAUCACCAAGCGCUUUCCAUAAAGGGUCAAGGAGCCCGGAUCUGCCCCCACCAACUAUAUUCCGGGGCUGAAAAGGGGAAGCAGGCCUCUGCUCUGCAGCAUUAACGCAGGCUGGCAGCUAUUUGCGAGGCUGUCUGUGACCAUUCUGAACAGGCCUGAGAAGGCAAAGCCCAGCCCCAACAGCCCUCAAUGGGUACAAAUGGCAAUUUAAGGGCUGCUGGGGUGGGGGUGGGGCUCCCUAGGUGGCACUAAUGGUAAAGCAGCUGCAGGCCAAUGCAGGAGAUGUAAGAGAUUCGGGCUUGAUCCCUGGGUAGAGAAGAUCCCUGGAGGAGGGCAUGGCAACCCACUCCAGCAUUCUUGUCUGAAGAAUCCCCUGGACAGAGGAGCCUGGAUGGCUACAGUCUGUAGGGUCAUAAAA